AUGGACGGCUCCAUGAUUGAUGUGUCCAGUGACAGCUUCUGGGAGGUUGGAAACUAUAAGCGCACGGUGAAGCGGGUAGAUGAUGGCCACAGACUUUGCAGUGACCUGAUGACCUGCCUCCAUGAGCGGGCUCGCAUUGAAAAAUCCUACGCCCAACAGCUCACAGAGUGGGGAAAGAGGUGGCGGCAACUCAUCGAGAAAGGGCCUCAGUAUGGCACACUAGAGAGAGCUUGGUCAGCAUUGUGCACAGAAGCAGAAAAAGUGAGUGAACUGCACAUGGAGGUGAAGGCCGCACUGAUGGGAGAGGACUACGAGAAGCUGAAGAACUGGCAGCGCGAUGCCUUCCACAAGCAGAUGAUUGGGGGCUUUAAAGAAACAAAAGAGGCGGAGGACGGCUUCAGGAAGGCACAGAAACCCUGGGCCAAAAAACUCAAAGAGGUGGAGACAAUGAAAAAGACAUAUCACUCGGCCUGUAAAGAAGAGAAGCUGGCAGCAAGCAGGGAAACCAGCAGCAAACUGGAGAGCAACAACAAUCCCGAUGCUCAGAAAAAACUUCAGGAAAAGCUUGAGAAGUGUCAACAGGAGGCACAAAAGACAAAGGAGCGCUAUGAAAAGUCCCUGGAGGAGCUGGACAAACUGACCCCUCAGUACAUGGAGAACAUGGAGCAGGUGUUCGAGCAGUGGCAGCAGUUCGAAGACAAACGCAUCAGCUUCUUCAAAGAGCUACUUCUGGAAGUCAAACAACACCUGGACCUUUCCACCAACCACAGAUUUCAGACAAUCUAUCACACGCUGGAUGAUACAAUUUCUGGUACUGAUGCUGAAGAAGAUCUCAAAUGGUUUCGGUCAAACCAUGGUCCAGGCAUGCCCAUGGCCUGGCCGCAGUUUGAGAAUUUGGAUAUGUCCGUGCCUCGCUCCUUUAAAAGAAGGUCCAUUGUAGACUGGUCAAUAGAUCUGACUCGGACUCUGAGCAGACGAGAAACAAAGAAGAAGUCGUCUGAAGGAGUGACAUUGACGGGCAUUAGUCAGACUGGAUCUGAUCAACCUCUGAAGAACACCAGCAGCCUCACCAUGCCCACCAUAACUGAACCGAUGAGCACAAACCCCUUUGACGAAGAUGAGGAGGAGGAGGUGGAGGAGGAGAAGGUGCAGGAGGAGAAGGUGCAGGAGGAGAAGGUGCAGACUACCGUCAACCACAACGGUGUCAGUAAAGAAGAGAUACAAAUUGCUAGCAGUACAGAAAAGACCCCAGACUGGUCUUAUGAAGACAUGAGUGCAAAUCCCUUUUCUACCAAUGGAAAUGGAAAUCCAUUUGAGGAGGAACCAUCUUCUCCUAUGAUAUCGGUGCCUGUCCGAGCUCUCUAUGACUAUGAAGGGCAGGAGCAGGAUGAGCUGACUUUUAAAGCGGGAGAUGAAUUCACAAAAAUUGGAGAAGAGGAUGACCAAGGCUGGUGCAAAGGUCGACUCAAGGAUGGACUUAUGGGGCUCUAUCCAGCCAACUAUGUGGAAGACAUCCAGUAA